UUGCGUUUCUCACCACCACUAGGCCUUCUCCCGCUGCUCAAGUCCAUCCACAGGCCGACUGAACUGAAGAAGUUCGCUGGGGAGACGCUCGGCGUCGAUGCCUACGGAUGGCUUCAUCGUGGAGCCAUCGCCUGCGCCGCUGACCUAGCCCAAGGCAAGCCCACCCGCAAAUAUGUCGACUUCGCUAUGCACCGGGUGAGGAUGCUUCGGCACUUUGGUGUCAAGCCUUACCUGGUCUUCGAUGGCGAUUACCUUCCCAGCAAGGCCGCAACCGAAGGAUCCCGAGAAAAGCGACGCGAGAACAGCAAGAAGCUCGCCAUGGAGCUGGUCAAGGCCGGCAAGUCAUCACAGGCUCAGCUCGAGUUUCAGAAGGCCAUCGACGUCACACCAGAAAUGGCCCGCAAUCUUAUCGACGAAUUGAAGAAGAUGGAUGUCUCGUACGUCGUUGCACCGUACGAAGCCGACGCUCAGCUCGUCUACCUCGAACGCCAAGGCCUGAUCGACGGCAUCCUUUCUGAGGACUCGGAUCUGUUGGUCUUUGGAUGCAAGCGGCUCCUGACGAAGCUGGACCAGUAUGGCAACUGUAUCGAAAUCAACCGCAGGGACUUUUGCGCGUGUCGGGAGGUGUCACUAACGGGUUGGACGGAUACCGACUUUCGCCGCAUGGCCAUUCUGAGCGGCUGCGACUACCUGGAGGGGAUCAACAAUAUGGGAUUGAAGACGGCUUACCGAAUGCUGCGCAAGUACAAGACGCCCGAACGAUUGGUCCGGAUGUGUCAGUUCGAGGGGAAGCACCGCAUUUCGGAGAACUACCUACCACGAUUCUUCCAGGCCGAGUUAACGUUCAUCCACCAACGAGUCUACUGCCCGAUCAAGAAGGAGAUGGUCUGUCUGACGGAGCCUGAGAAGGGCAAGGGGGUGGAGGAUAUGCCGUUCAUCGGUGCCUACGUUGAGCCUGAGUUGGCUACAGCCGUCGCUGUUGGAGACGUCAAUCCGAUGACCAAGGAGACGAUAAUUCCUGCGCCCAUGCCUGGAUCCAAGUCGCCCAAGUCGGAUGCAAAACGAAGACACUCCCAGUCUGCCGACGCUCUCGCAACGAAUUCCUCAUCAACACGCACACGACCACCCGUCAAGCCCAUCGACUCCUACUUCAAGGGCCAUCAACGCAUUCCCAUGGGCGAGAUGGACAGCAACUGUUUCUCUGUCGACCCCGAACGAGUUGCAGCUCUCACUCACAAUGGUCUUGUACCUCGCGUCUUCCCUCUGCCCCGGCCGUACAUCGAAGGUACUUCAUCACAGCCGAGUGCCCCUCGCCCCACCCGAACCGCCCGUUCGACAACCUCCCCGCGUCUUCUCCGACGGCGGACGGAGCCUAUCCAGAACAUGCUGGAACAGUUUGCCCCUCCGAGCUCGAGCGACUCUCGACGUGUUACCAUGGGUGAUUCCAAGGACCCCAUGGACGACAUCGACGCGCUAAUGAGAGGUGGCUCUCAACGACCGCCCAAGAAGGUCCGACUUUGCGCCGAAACGGACCACACCGAAACGAAAUCUGAGGAAUCCCAAAAGAGCAAGUUCUUCCCCAAGAGCGGAAGCGCAAACCAGAGCAAGAAGGAUAGCUUCUUGUUCUCCGACGACUUAAUCGACGAGGAGUUGCUGAAUCUCCCGGACCUUGACGAGUGGCACAACCCGAAACCGAAGUCAAUAAGAGUCUUUGAGGAAAGCCAAAGCACAGGAGAGAGCCAAGGCACGGAAGCAACUAUCAGCACAGACAGUCAGUUUAGCAAGGAUGAAGAGAUAUCGACCACCCCUCCGAGCGACUUAUCUGAGGUGGAAGAGACUUCCCAAAAGAAGUCAGAGGAGACAACAUCAAGACGGUCGUCUCUGCGGAAAUUCGCAUACUCACAGCCGAGCCCGGCGCCCUCAAGUCAGCCGGACACCCCGGCAACGGCGGUCUCGCAGCAAUCGUCAAUCUUCACGCCGUCCACCGCCGCCCCCUCGACCGCAGCGUCCUCAAUCACCUUCUCCGCCGGCUCGUCCAUCGCCGCGUCCAAGGCAACCCCGAUGCUCACUCCUCUCCAGCGUCUCGGUGCCCGCGCCCUCCAGCGAAAGAACCCGCCGGCGCGCCGGACCUUGUCGCCCACGAAGAGCUCGAUCCAACGGAGCCCCAAGCGCAGCCCCCGGAAGAACCGGCUGCUCAAGUCGAUCCCGGUCAACCCCUCAUUCGUGCCGCUCCCCAAGGUCGACCUGGCCGAAGUCGAGGCCCUCAACGCGCCGUGCGGAAGCGAGGACCAGCUCGUCCCCGAUAGCGACGGCGAGAACGACGACGUCUUCUGCGCCCCGGACGAGCCCGGACGAGACUCCCGCCCCAGGGCUCUGAACCUCUCCCGGUUCGUGUACAACUGA